AUGGCAGCUGACAACAAGAAGGGUACCCCUGGCAUCGACAAAAACAAUAAAUACGACCGUCAACUGAGACUCUGGGGUGAUCAUGGGCAGGCGGCUUUAGAGACGGCUCGGGUCUGCCUCAUCAAUGCUUCGGCUACCGGAACAGAAAUUCUCAAAAAUCUCAUUCUGCCAGGUAUCGGAUCCUUCACAAUUGUUGAUGGUAACAAGGUGCAAGGCGAGGAUGUUGGCAACAACUUCUUCCUGACAGCGGAUUCUGUUGGAAAGUCACGAGCCCAGGUGACAACAGAGCUUCUGAGUGAGUUGAAUGAAGAUGUAUCUGGUGAUUUCCUGGAAGAGGUAGGGGCUCAUUUCCUCUGGAUUUUGUGUUUGUGA